UAAUAACGCUUUGCGAGAAGAAGCUGAUCAUUGUCGUUGAUUGGAUUGUGGUCAGUCAAUUUGUAUCUUAAAGUCAAGAUAAUAGAAACAGUUACCAUGGAAACUAUUAUGUUCUUCCUCUUUUCACUCCUGGUGUAUGUGGCUGCAGUAGCAGACCCAAGUGUAGAGGAUGGUAAAAAGGAGAAGAAAGAGGUGGACCCAUUUGUCUAUGACUAUCAUAGCCUGCGGAUCUGUGGACUGGUCUUUGGCGUGGUACUCUUCGCGCUGGGCAUCCUCCUCAUCCUCAGCCGAAAAUGUCGCUGCAGUUCCAAUCAGGAGAAGAAGCCCAAGGCCCCUGGAGACGAAGAGGCUACGGCAGAGACUCUGAUCGUGUCCAAGGCUAAGGAGCCAGAGCCAGAGCCUGAGCCUGAAGCUAAGGCUGAGAACCCAGAGGAGCCCUCCAGCACCACAGACACUCACAGACCGGCCAUCAUGUCCACCGCUGGAGCUCCCGAGUACGACCCUGAUGCAGAAUUUGUGUAUGACUACCAGACUCUUCGUAUUGGAGGUCUGACCUUUGUUGCUGUCAUCAUGAUCCUGUCUGUUCUCCUGCUGGCCAGUGAGUCCCCAGACCAGACUGCAACAAAAUCCGCCAGUGUGGAAAGCCCCGGCAAUGAACGAUUGAAGAGGUUCACCUACCGUAGGACGGCUGGGCACUUGUAUGUUGUUGACUGUAUUGUGUGAGACUGCGUUCCUUUUGUAUUGAUAAACUGUAGAUCCACUGUCGCUGCCCUGUGUUUAAUACAAAGUAAAUUGAAAAUUAA